CCGAGCAAUGCCACUUUGAUUAUCACGUUCUGCAACGGCUACUGUCUCGCGCUCGCGUGCUCCUCGUCUCGCGGCAACGGCAACAGCAAGGACAAUGGUAGCGACGGCAGCAGCAGCAGCCGCUUCGGCCAGGAAAGCCGCGCCCAGAGCUGCCACCGCGAGCAAGCCAAGGGCGAAACUCAGUCAUCCGCGUACCGCCGAGAUGGUGGACGCCGCGAUCGCUGCGUUGAAGGAGAAGGGCGGCUCGUCGCUGCAAGCCAUUAAGAAGUACAUCAGCGGCACCUACGCCGUCGACGCCGAGAAGCUCUCGCCGUUCAUCAAGAAGUACCUGAAAAGCGGCGUCGUGGCCAACAAGCUGGUGCAGACCAAGGGUAAAGGUGCGUCCGGUAGCUUCAGACUCGGUACUGGGGAAUCCGCCAGGGUUGUCAAGAAGCGCGCGGUCGUCAAAAGGACGGCCGCGAAGAAAACUGGUCCCGCUAAGCCCAAGAAGAAGGCGAGCGCCAAGAAGAAGAUACUUAAAUCGGUGGCUGCUAAGCCGCCCAAGCCAAAGGCUGUGAAGAAGCCGAAGGCUACCGGGAAGGCUAAGAAACCGAUCAAGAAAGCUUCGGCCAAGAAGUAAAUAUCCGAGGCCUCUCUAAGUACACAAUUGUAAGCGACGUCGAAAAAUCAGUCCUUGUCAGGGCUAGCAUAUCUAUUUAUGAUAUACGUAUCUAAAUGGUUCACGUUCAGUUUCACCUAGCUCAUCUGUACACCUAGUAUGUCGUUCCGGUUGUUCUCAUGCGCGCGACGUAGCCUGCUCAUUCGCAGCGUCGCGCGUGCGCUUCGUUCAUUCCAAUUUCAUUUCUUACGCCUAGACUUCUACCUAGACUGUCUUUUCAAUGUACUCAUCUAUAUGCGUAACACGUAAGAUUUCAAAUUUUAAUGCUUCAGAUAGGUGUCUUGUCUAAGCAAUAAUGUGAUUUCUAUAGGAUCUCUGUGAAGAGUCAUGACUAUAAACAUGGCUAUAAAACGUAAUUCUUAUUAGAUUAUUUUUAUUUUCUUAUUGUCAGUAUUUGUUAUUUUCUUUGGCACCGAUUGUAUAAUAAUCGUCAGAAGAUUAUGCCAAUGUAUCAUCUUUCGUUAUACACAAACAUCGUUAUAACAAAACAUACGAAAAUUAAUAUAUAUUUAUUUUUUAAUAAAAAACAAGUGAGUAACAACGAUUGCUCAUCAAAAGUACAAAUACAUUUGCGUAUGCUCAU